CCCGAGCUCUGAAAAUGUGGCUCCCGGGGCUCCAAGUCCUUCUCCUGCUGUUCUCCGGGGGCCUGGCGGACCUCACCCAGAGCCUGGCAGGUCCCCACUCCCUGCGGUAUUUCUACACCGCCAUGUCCCGGCCCGGCCUUGGGGAGCCCCGCUUCUUCGCCGUCGGCUACGUGGACGACACCCCGUUCGUGCGCUUCGACAGCGACUCGCGGAGCCCGAGGAUGGAGCCGCGCGCGCCCGGGUUCGAGCAGCUUUGGCCCGAGCACUGGGAAGAAGAGACGCAGGUUCAGAGGAGAAACGUCCAGACUUACAGACAGUGCCUGGACACCCUCCCCGGCUCCUACAACCAGAGCGAGGGCGGUGCUCACACCUACCAGAGGAUGCACGGCUGCGACGUGGGGCCGGACGGGCGCCUCCUGCGCGGCUACAGCCAGUACGCCUACGACGGCGCCGACUACAUCGCGCUCAACGAGGAUCUGCGCUCCUGGACGGCAGCGGACGGGGUGGCACAGAUCACCAAGCGCAAGUGGGAGCAGAAGGGAGAGGCUACUCUUUACCGGAAGUUCGCGGAAGGCAGGUGCGUGGAGUCGCUCCGCAGAUACCUGCGGAUCUGGAACGAGACGCUGCUGCGCGCAGAACCCCCCAAGAGACACAUAGCCCGCCACCCCUUCUCUGAUCACGAGGUCACCCUGAGGUGUUGGGCUCUGGGCUUUUACCCUGCGGAGAUUUCCCUGACCUGGCAGCGUGAUGGGGAGGAACUGGCCCAGGACGUAGAGUUGGUGGAGACCAGACCUUCAGGGGAUGGAAACUUCCAGAAGUGGGCGUCUGUGGUGGUGCCAUCUGGAGAGGAACAGAGAUACACAUGCUAUGUGCAGCAUCAGGGACUGCCAGAGCCUGACAUCCUGAGAUGGGAACCCCUUCCUCAGUCUGCCCUCUCCAUGGGCAUCAUUAUUGGCCUGGUUGUCCUUAUGGCUGUGAUGGCUGUGACAAUAGUGGGAGCUGUGAUAUACAAGAGGAAGCACUCAGGCAAAAAAGGAGGACAGUACAUUCAGGCUGCAAGCAGCAACAGUGCCCAGGGCUCUGAUGAGUCUCUCAUGAAUCCUAAAGUUAAGACUCUGGGGGCCUGA